AUGCUAGCAUUAUCCCCUCCUUUGUUUUCAACUUUUAUGUGGCCCUUAGAGGAACAUAUAGGCCAUGAACUGAAUAAUAUCUAUAGAGAAACAGAAACUUCAGACUCAUUUUUUCCUUCUUCUUUAUCUCAGCCACAAGCUGGACUUCCUGAAUCCAUACUUUCUGGUGCAACUUGGGGUGAUCCGACGAUGGUUAAGAAGCUUAAUCAUAAUGCUAGUGAGCGUGAUCGGCGAAAGAAAAUCAACAGCUUGUAUUAUUCUCUUCGUUCACUGCUUCCAGCGGCCGAUCAAACGAAGAAAUUAAGCAUCCCGGUCACAGUCUCGCGUGUACUAAAAUACGUACCAGAGCUACAAAAGGAAGUGGAGAAGCUUGUUCAAAAGAAAGAAGAACUAGUGUUAAGGAUUUCCAGACAAGAAGAGUUAGUUCAUUCUGGGAAGCAAAGAAAAGUAGCCAUCCAAAACUCUCUGUCAACUGUUUCAGCAAGUCUUGUAGGUGAUAGAGAAGUUGUGAUUCAGAUAUCUACACUUGAGAUCAAUAAGGGUUUACUACUCUCUGAGGCUCUAAUGAGUUUGGAGGAGGAUGGUCUUCUUCUGCUAAAUGCUUCUANUAAGAAAUUAAGCAUCCCGGUCACAGUCUCGCGUGUGCUAAAAUACGUACCAGAGCUACAAAAGGAAGUGGAGAAGCUCGUUCAAAAGAAAGAAGAACUAGUGUCAAGGAUUUCCAGACAAGAAGAGUUAGUUCAUUCUGGGAAGCAAAGAAAAGUAGCCAUCCAAAACUCUCUGUCAACUGUUUCAGCAAGUCUGGUAGGUGAUAGAGAAGUUGUGAUUCAGAUAUCUACACUUGAGAUCAAUAAGGGUUUACUACUCUCUGAGGCUCUAAUGAGUUUGGAGGAGGAUGGUCUUCUUCUGCUAAAUGCUUCUACUUUUGAAUCAUUUGGAAAGAGGGUAUUCUAUAAUCUGCAUCUUCAGAAGAAAUUAAGCAUCCCGGUCACAGUCUCGCGUGUACUAAAAUACGUACCAGAGCUACAAAAGGAAGUGGAGAAGCUUGUUCAAAAGAAAGAAGAACUAGUGUCAAGGAUUUCCAGACAAGAAGAGUUAGUUCAUUCUGGGAAGCAAAGAAAAGUAGCCAUCCAAAACUCUCUGUCAACUGUUUCAGCAAGUCUGGUAGGUGAUAGAGAAGUUGUGAUUCAGAUAUCUACACUUGAGAUCAAUAAGGGUUUACUACUCUCUGAGGCUCUAAUGAGUUUGGAGGAGGAUGGUCUUCUUCUGCUAAAUGCUUCUACUUUUGAAUCAUUUGGAAAGAGGGUAUUCUAUAAUCUGCAUCUUCAGGUGCAGGGGACUCAAAAUAUCCAGAUUGAGAUGCUAAGGGAGAAGCUCUUAUCAUUAUACGAGAAGAAGAUAUGACCUUUGCCUUCAAUGUUUGGCUGCAAAUAGUCAGGAAGUUGUAAAAUACAAAGGAAAAAUUACAUCAAAGCCAAUAAUCAUAGUUAAGGUGCAAUGUGACAAAUACGAGAGAGGGCCAACGCCCAAAUCAUAUGCAUUUUCAAUGUUCACAAUUGGAGCAAUGUAAAACUAACAAUCAUAGUUAUAAGUGG